AUGGCUACUACGGAAGCAUCGCAUACACACCCUGCGAGGGACGCGUAUCGGCAGACACAGGGCCAUAUCUACGACCUGCAGGAGACCCUUUUGAAGUCUGCGCGAAGCCAAGAAGCUGAAAAAUCGCCCGAGACCGCUCCAGUUGCGACGGCAGCUGCCGCUCCCACUGUCAACUCUGAGCAAUUGCUCGCACACACCGACGAAAAUUUUGGAUCUCAGCAUCCUGUGCUGGGCGAAUUACAGUAUUCUGCCGGACCUGCGCGUCCACAGACGCCUGCUGAUAAGCUGUUUCCGUACGAUUACCUGCGGCAUGCGAUGCCUGCGCCCCUUAUCCCCGCGUGCGACGACUCGGCGAUCAACGGCAUCUGGCGCAUCUUCAUACCACACGAGGAGCUACGAGACGCCUUGUCUGCGACGCCGGCAAACCGCAGAAUCUGCAACAACGAGAUCUGGGGCUCGGACAUAUACACGGACGACUCGGACGUGAUUCUCGUGCUCCAACACUGCGGUGCUUUUGCGACAGCGAAGAAUUCGGCAGCAAAACGCACACCUGCCAACAGGACCAACUGCAAUGCGGUAUCGGGGCUCACAGGUCCUCUACAAAAUGCCGAGUGCGAUUUGGUCGUCGACAUUCUGAUGUUGCCCCCGCUCCAAAAUUACGCCUCGAGCAACAGAAACGACGUAGAGUCUCGUGCCUGGUCGACCACGCACGAUGGGCUGAGCUACGGUAUCUAUGCACUCGAGUUCCGGCCCAGAAGCUCGCCCGACGCUACAUCCACGUGA